CAACGCUGCAGUAAUUAUAUUAUAUCUGAACUGAUAUUCCUCUUCUACAACUACUCGUCAUGGUGCUAACACAGCUUGAAAGACUGUACAAGUACAGUGCUUGCGACAUAUCAGAUGCGCUGCUCAAGCUCGGCUGUACUCAUGGAGGCUUCUUAGCUGACAUAGUACAACGAACCAAACGCACCGAGAAGACAAUUGCACCCGCAUCGACCGUCCUGUUCGCAUCCAAGACCGCGACCGCGGCGCCGUCCGUGGCAGACAAGAGUGUAGAGCAGAACAUCAAAGCGGGAACACCAUAUGCAGACCUCACAAAGACCGGCACAGUCGUAGUCCUGAGCCAGCCAGCCGGUCAAACCUGCGCAGUCAUGGGCGGAAUCAUGGCAAAGCGCAUGGAGAUGUUGGGCGCGCAAGGCAUACUCGUAGACGGGCGCAUAAGGGAUCUUCCCGUCCUGGACGAGGUGAAGCUAUCGGUCUGGUCACGCUCUGUCUCCACGGUCGGUGCGGGAGCAGAGUCCAAACCGUGGGCAUGCAAUGUGCCUGUUGAGAUUGGAAAGGUGCUGGUCGAGCCCGGCGAUAUCAUCUUCAUGGACCCAAACGAGUUGUCUGUGGUGAGCAUACCCAAGUCGAAAGUCGACGCGGUGCUUGAAAUCUUGCCUGGACUUACUGCAGCCGACGAGCGUGUGAUGGUCGACAUUGAGAAGGGCGUCUCGGUUGCUGAUGCCUUCAAAGCUCACAGAUAGAUAGUGUUGGUACUGGCUGACUGAGUAUCAUCCAUGGACGUGUGUGAUUGAGGCAGCAGUCCCAUGGUUUGUUUCAUGCUCAGCCUUGCAGUCGUGCAGGGCUCCAUUAAUAGACUGCAGAUGGAUGCCUUACAGCCAGACAGACAUUGUCCCUUUGUUCAUUGGCUUUGUUGUGGACGUCGAGCGCUUACCAUGUAGCGCUGUCAGGAGUACGUACCAGCAAUACCAUCUAGUGUUAUCAUACAGCCGACAUAUAUAUGUAAACCAGCAAACGUCAUUCUAGC